AUGGCCAGAAAAUUAAAAGGAAAAUCCAAACCAAAAGGGUUAAAAAUUGCUUUACAGAAUCAAUUAUACCAACAAAAAUUAGCUAAUUCUCAUAAAAAAAAACAACAAAACAUUUUAAAUGCUAAAUCACAACUGUCUAAAAAGGCUUUAGAACAAAGGGUACGUCAGCAAGCUAAAGAAGCCAAUUUUAUACCGUUUAAUAAAAAUGAAACUUUAUUAUUAAUAGGAGAAGGUGAUUUUUCAUUUGCUAAAUCUAUUUUAAUACAAGGUUAUAUUCAACCAGAAAAUUUAAUUGUGACAAGUUUUGAUGCUUCUGUUAAUGAGCUUAAAUUGAAAUAUCCACACAGUUUUGAAGAUAAUUAUCAAUACUUAGUUGAUUUAGGUGUGAAGAUUUUUUUUCAGAUAGAUGGAACUAAUUUAAUCAAAACUUUUAAAUUAUCGAAACAUACACCAUGGAAGAAAAUAAUGGGUAAACAAUGGCAUUUUAAAUAUUUACAAAACAUUAUGUUUAACUUCCCUCAUACAGGCAAAGGUAUUAAAGAUCAAGACAGAAACAUUGCAGACCAUCAAGAACUAGUCUUUGGAUAUUUUGAUAGUGCAAAGCAAUUAUUCAAAUUGGUCAAUUCACAUGUCAAUCGUUCCAAGUCCAAUCCAACCCAAGGGUAUCAACUAAAUAAGGAAACAGACACUCAUAAUUCAGCUUCUAUUAGUGAAGACGGCAUUGGUAAUAUAAUUAUAUCCACAUUUAAUGGUGAGCCUUAUGAUUCAUGGCAGGUCAAAUUAUUAGCAAAAAAGAAUGGAUUAGUUUUAAACAGAUCAUGUAAAUUCUAUUGGGCAAAUUAUCCAGAUUAUCAUCAUAAAAGAACCAAUAGUGAACAGAGCACUACGAAACGUGCAGAAGAAAGAGAUGCCAGGACAUACAUUUUUAAGCAAAGCAUCAGAAAGAAAAACAAGUCUAAUGAUGAUUCUGACGCAGACAGUGUGUGA